CGAUCUGUGUAGAAUAAGAGAGAGAUUAAAAAAAAAAAAAAGUAGUAGAGUGAUGGAAGUAGUAAUCGGUGUUGCCGCCAAGAUGGCAGAAAUUACGGUGGUUCCCCUAUUCACCCCCAUCCUGCGCCCUCUCCGACCUUAUUGGGGAUACCAUGACAACUUCCAAGCACUGCUGCAGAAAGCGGCUCAUCUGAACGAGAGAAGCGCAGAGAUUCAGGCCUCGAUUCGGAGCGGGGCAAACGUUCCCCAGGAGUUCAAAGAUUGGCAGGAGAGAGUGACCCUCAUCUCCAACGCCACCGUCCCCGACCUGGGCAGAGAGCGACGACACAACAGCAGCACGGGAUGCGGUUGCUGCUGCAAUUUCAUGAUCAGUGCCAAGCACAUGAGAAGCGUCGCAAAGGCUCUCGGGGAAGCGGAGCGAAUGGGGGAAGAGGAGGCCGGGUCGGGGCAUUAUUGGAAGUGGUUGAUUCGGCGCGAGAACGCCAGGAGAAUCGGAGAGGAACUGAAGGAGAGAGUCGCGGGCGUGCAGCGGGAGAUUGGAGCCAGGGAAGUGGCGUUGAAACCGGUUCAGGAUUGGAUCGAGGAAGCCAACGCAUAUCUUGUUGAUGAUGAUGUGUCAUCGCCUUCGACGCUCGACCACAAAGCGAGUGUCGGGGACGCGCUCCUUCAAAGGGCGGACGCGUUCGUGGAAUUCUCGAGGGAGUCGGACGAGAGGAGGUACGAGAAGACGUACAGGGAACUGGGGGAUCUGGUGAAGGAGCUGGAGGUGAAGGGGAGGAGCGUGGGGUGUCGGAUUGAACCAGGGCACGAGGCGCUGCCUGACGUUAAGGAUUGGCAGGAGAGAGUGGAGAAGAUGAACGCAGAUGCGGUGGCAAUGCUUCGUGCCGGCGGCGGCGGCGGUACUGAAUAUUAUUGUCCCCAGCAACACGCCAAACUUGACCAGCUUUCCAUGGAGGUUCGUCGGCUUUUGGAGCAAGAGGACAAGUUUAAACAAGUCUCCCGUCGUUGCCCUCCACAGUGACCAUUAAUUUUGUGUAAAACUUUGAUCAUGUAAGUGUUAUAAAAAUAUUCAUUUUAUCAUUUUAAUUAUUUAAAUCUACAUAAUUAUUGUAAGAAGACUUUUAUACUCCCUCCGUCCCAAAUUAAAAUGUUUGUUCACUAUUUAAAAAGUCAAACUUCAUUUACUUUCUUUCUUUAUUUUCGUUAGCAAUUUGAUAAAUAAAGUACUAUUGUCACU